AUGCACUAUACUAGUAUUGCUGACCUGAAUCUAACUAUCACUCAGAUGACGACAACAGUCUCAGCUUUAUCUGUGGAGUGUGAACAAUAUGCUGCGGAAAACAAAGAGCUAAAACACGAAAUUUACAACUUGAAGAACGCUAGUCACCACAGUUCUAUUCAAGACCUACACCACUCUGAAUCAGCUGUGUUUAAAGAUCUACACAAGAAAAUAUUGGACACAUUUGAGGACAGAUUCUUCUCACUUGAGAAACAAAUAAGAUCUCUGACCACAAACGUGACGAAUCCAAACUCUACGAGCCACAAUCAGGAACAAAGCCCCUCAACUUCUAACCCCUUCCACAAGCAAGCCAACUGCAUGGGACGCCCAGAAGAAACAGUAGCCAGACAACAUCAGAGAAAACAAGGGCGUUCAGCGAUCACUGGAACUAGGACGCCAUAG